UCCGCCGCGUCACGGCCCGGGGCCCGCCCUCCUGGGCCCCUCCCCGCGCUCCGUUUUCCCCUCUCCCUCCGCCUCCUCCUCCUCACACCGAGCACUUAAGCAACGGAGCGCGGUGAAGCCCAUUUUUCUCCUUCGCAGCCGCGCCGGGGAAGCUCGCUGCGCACGGCCCCUCCACUCUGGCCCGAGAUGAACGCUGCGGCAGAAACCGAGUUCAACAUCCUCCUGGCCACCGACUCCUACAAGGUCACGCACUACAAACAGUACCCUCCCAACACAAGCAAAGUUUAUUCCUACUUCGAAUGCCGUGAAAAGAAGACAGAAAACUCCAAAGUAAGGAAGGUGAAAUACGAGGAAACAGUAUUUUAUGGGUUGCAGUACAUUCUUAAUAAAUACUUAAAAGGUAAAGUUGUGACCAAAGAGAAAAUCCAAGAAGCCAAAGAGGUGUACAAAGAACAUUUCCAGGAUGAUGUCUUUAAUGAAAAGGGAUGGAACUACAUUCUUGAGAAAUACGAUGGGCAUCUCCCUAUAGAAGUAAAGGCCGUUCCUGAGGGCUCUGUCGUUCCCAGAGGAAAUGUUCUCUUCACAGUGGAAAACACAGAUCCAGAGUGCUACUGGCUUACAAAUUGGAUCGAGACUAUUCUUGUGCAAUCCUGGUAUCCAAUCACAGUGGCCACAAAUUCUAGAGAACAGAAGAAAAUAUUGGCCAAAUACUUGUUAGAAACUUCUGGUAACUUAGAUGGCCUGGAAUACAAGCUACAUGAUUUUGGCUACAGAGGAGUCUCUUCCCAAGAGACUGCUGGCAUAGGGGCGUCUGCUCACUUGGUUAACUUCAAAGGAACAGAUACGGUAGCAGGAAUUGCUCUGAUUAAAAAAUACUAUGGCACAAAGGAUCCUGUUCCAGGCUAUUCUGUUCCAGCUGCAGAACACAGUACGAUAACAGCUUGGGGGAAAGACCAUGAAAAAGAUGCUUUUGAACAUAUAGUAACACAGUUUUCAUCAGUGCCUGUAUCUGUGGUCAGCGAUAGCUAUGACAUUUAUAAUGCAUGUGAGAAAAUAUGGGGUGAAGAUCUAAGACAUUUAAUACUGUCAAGAAGUACAGAGGCACCAUUAAUAAUCAGACCUGACUCUGGAAAUCCUCUUGAUACUGUAUUAAAGGUUUUAGAUAUUUUAGGUAAGAAAUUUCCUGUCACUGAGAACUCAAAAGGCUACAAGUUGCUGCCACCUUAUCUUAGAGUUAUUCAAGGGGAUGGAGUAGAUAUUAAUACCUUACAAGAGAUUGUAGAAGGCAUGAAACAAAAAAGGUGGAGCAUUGAAAAUGUUUCCUUUGGUUCUGGUGGAGCUUUGCUACAGAAGUUAACCAGAGAUCUCCUGAAUUGUUCCUUCAAGUGUAGCUAUGUUGUCACCAAUGGCCUUGGGAUUAAUGUCUUCAAAGACCCAGUAGCUGAUCCCAACAAAAGGUCCAAAAAGGGCCGAUUAUCAUUACAUAGGACACCAGCAGGGAAUUUUGUUACUCUUGAGGAAGGAAAAGGAGACCUUGAGGAAUAUGGUCAGGAUCUUCUCCAUACUGUCUUCAAGAAUGGGAAGGUAACCAGAAGCUAUUCCUUUGAUGAAGUAAGAAAGAACGCACGGCUGAACAUCGAGCUGGAAGCAGCGCCUCACUAGGCCGGGUCCCGUGGCUGGGUGCGUGUUCUUGCGCGCGCCUGUGUGAGCGUAUGUAGUACAUAAUGUGUAUUGUACAGCAGUGUGGGGUUUCGCUGUGUUUUAUGAUACCUUACAGCCAAAUUAUUUGUUGGUUUAUGGACAUAACUGCCCUUUUUUUCUUUUGUUUGCAGUACUUAGGUGAUCUCAAAUUAGGCAACACACAUAACCAUUGUGAAAGAUUAAUGCUAAAGUCAGCUUUUUAGGGCCCUUUGCCAAUAGAUAGUAACUCAAUCUGGUAUUGAUCUUUUCACAAGUAACAGAACCAAGACACUUUUAUAUAUAACUAACGAUCACAUAAAACAGAUUUGCAUAAAAUUAUCAUGAUUGCUUUAUGUUUAUAUUUAACUUGUAUUUUUGUACAAACAAGAUUGUGUAAGAUAUAUUUAAAGUUUCAAUGAUUUAACAGUCUUUCCAACUUUUCAUGAUUUUUAUGAGCACAGACUUUCAAGAAAAUACUUGAAAAUAAAUUACAUUGCCUUUUGUCCAUUAAUCAGCAAAUAAAACAUGGCCUUAACAAAGUUGUUUGUGUUAUUGUACAAUUGAAAUUAUGUCAGGACGUACCCUAUAGAACUACUAACCGCACUGCCCCUUGUAGAAUUUGUAUUGAUCGUUCUACAUCUGAGACAAUGACGGCUCUCACUGGAGUGUCUGGCACUGUGCCGUUACAUACCCUGGUCAUUGUGUUGUACAGUGAAAUGCCAAAUUUGAAAGGCCUGUACUACAGUUUUAUAUGUCAGAUAUGCCUGUGGCUCUAAUAUGCACCUCAAGAUUUUAAGGAGAUAAUGUUUUUAGAGAGAAAUUCUGCUUCCGCUAUAGAGUAUAUACAUAAAUGUAAAAUACUGACAGAAGCGGAAGCAGUGUAUUUUAAAGCAAUUAUACUUCUGAAUUUAUUUUUCAUAUUCUAUAGUUGGUAUGACUUAAAUGAAUUAACUGGAGUGGGUAGUGAGUGUACUUAUUUUAAAUGUUUUGAUUCUGUUAUAUUUUUCAUUAAUUUUUUAAAAAAUUAAAUUGGAUAUUAAAUUGUAUGGAUAUCCUUUAUUAAUUUUAAAUUGAAUUUUUAAGUAACUGCUCAAGCAAGUGCUUAGAUGAGGAUAAAUUAUUCCUGAGGAAAGCACGAUGACGAGCGUUGGUAGAACCGAAGGGGAGAACUCACGUGUGGUCUGUCAGUGUGCUAGGGGCCGCCAGUGGUGCUGCCCACUGGCCGCGGCUGGUGGGCCGCGCCGUGUUUCCAGCAGCUGCCUCCUCGUACGACCACAGAAGCUGAGGCGCUGCAGCAGAGACCGUGUGACCCCGAAAGCCUGAGAUGUUUCCAGUGCGUCCUUUUACACAGAUUUAUGCAAGCAGGCGCCUGGCCCGGUGCUCAGAGCAGAGGAGUGUGCCGUGAAGAGAAGUGCUGGGCUUCGGGAGGGAGGGAAGGAAGGAAGCUUGCUAUGCAAUGUGGCGUUCUCUCUUUCCCUUUAAGAAGCUACUACUAGGCAACCGGUUUAGAAAAGCUUAAUAUGAUACUAGUGAGGAUGAAAUUUUAAAAAUUGAAAAGCCAUAAAUCAUCUCUCUUAAAGUUACAUAAGAAAAUGUUUUAUCACUGGAGUAAUUUAAAGAUAGGUGAGUUAAUGACUGUCUAAGCAGCAUUAGAAAGAACAUAAGUUCAUCCAUGAUAGAAAUAAUUUAAGCUUUUUUUAAUGUACAUAAAUAAACACUAGUAGUAAAAAGAUAUCUUUCUUCCUGAAAAGUGCUAAGGGGUUUACAGGGAAACUCUGUUGCCAAUACCAACUUUGAUGACCACCAUAAUUUUGUCCAUGUUUAAACAUUGGAAUUAUACUACAGCAGUAUUCUUAGUGUUCUAUGAAUUCUAGCAGCUCAGGGUAUCUAAGGGAAUUUUGUCUUGAAACUUGCAGCGAAUGGUAAAAGCUACACAUCUGUGUACGUAACUAUAGAUCAGAAGGUAGAGUAUCUAUUAGCGGUAAGCCACUUGAUACUAAUUCUGAAUUUCUGAAUGCACACUUAGUAUUUGGCCAUCCCCGUUCUGAGCACCAAAUGGUUCAACAUGAAUGCCAAAUAGGACUGGUUUGGUUACCUUUAAGUCGCCUAACUCUUCCUGACAGAAGUACGUGAAUUUCAGUCAGUAGAUCUAUAGUUGACACUAAUUAAUCCCUCUCAACUCAUCAUUUUAAAUAGAAGGUAGGCUUUCUGUGUUAAAAUUCUUAAUUUAUUUGUACCCUAUACUUAAAUGGUUCUUAUGAUUAUCCCUUAUUUCCUUUCUUGAAAUAAAUUGUUAUGAAAAAAAUUUUAUAAUGCAAUUCAUCUUGGUUAACUAGAAAGAAAAAAACUGCAAGGUAUUUAUUGUUCUGUUUACCAUAAUUUAGAACUCACAUUAAACUAGUGUUUUGUAGUUUUACAUUCCUUUUUAACCCAUUCGGUGGAGAAUGUCAAAUCUUCUCCCGAGCUGUAUGUUAAAUCAAUCCUGAUAUGUACUCAACAUCAAAGAUAAACAUGUAAUAAACAUGGAAAUAAAAUUCA